AUGGAGCACCAGCAUUUUAGUACCAAGAAUGCCGAGAGACCUGUUCUCUACGACGAACUAAACGGACAUAGAGGUGAUGGAUAUCAAUCUCCGAUCUUGGUAGUCCCACAUACUGACCAUGAGCGCUCACUUCUUCCCCAAUCUACUCUCUCGGAACAAACAUUGCCCUUGAGACAGGAACCAGCGGCAGUCGCUGAGGGGAUGCCAAAAUUUGCAAAUCCAGCUCCUCUUGGCCUCUGCGCAUUUGCGCUGACUUCAUUUAUCUCGAACUUUACCAAUGUCUACCUAACGAACGUGACAUCAUCUGAAGUUAAUACUGCCCUUCCACUUGUUUACGGUGGUUUUGCUCAGCUAUUUGCUGGCAUUUGGGAAAUGGUGGUGGGGAACACAUUUGGAGCAACAUCGUUUUGCUCGUACGGUGCAUACUGGAUAACAUCCGGCAUCAUGUCACUUCUUAAAUACACUCAGCCUGAAACAAAAGAAGCCACAUGUGUGGCGGAAACCAUGUUGGGUGUAUACAUGAUGCAAACUCCAUUUCAGGCCUGGUUUAUCUUUACCACACUUAUGCUACUUUGCACACUCAAGUCAAGUGUGGCCAUGUUUCUCCUGUUCUUUUUUCUGGACAUGAAUUAUCUUCUUCUCGGCAUCGCCCAUAUAAAGUGCACCGCCAAUGAGGAAAUCAUUGCUUCAAUACAACGAGUGGGUGGAGUAUUUGGCAUACUAGCGGCACUGAUGGCGUGGUAUAAUGCAUUUGCCGGUCUCUUUGAUCAUAGCAAUGGCUUCUUUACAGUUCCUCUUGGCCAUUUCCCUUGGUCACCUGCCGCUCGGGCACAUGGGAAAGUGAAAGCGUUGUGA